AUGCCCAAGGCCACUACACCCAAAUCUAGGCGUGGCCUGGAGGACGACUACUUGGCUACAGGUCCUCUGCGUUCUAAGCCGCAGAAGCGCAAGUCCAGAGAUCUCGAAGAUAGGGACGAGAAGGAGGGCUAUGUUGAUUCGAAGGCGUCGCAGAACAUCCUGAGAAUAGGGCGCGAGCUCGCUGCAGAGAAUGAUGCUGCCCCUCCGCGGACCCCGCAGGAGUCCAACGCAUUCGGCUUUGAGUCGAGAUUCGACCAGGACGAUAACGACGAGAAGUUCGACGAUGAAGUGGUAUGGGGGGACGACGAUGAAGAAGAAGUCGAGGAGGUUGAGAUUGAGCCCGAGGACCUCGACACAUUUAACAGGUUCCUUCCCGGUGCCGAGGACCCGGCCAGCAUGUUAAUACAGCAUGGCUGGGGCCAGGACGAGCCUCAGCAGGAGCAGAACACGACGAACCUCGCCGACAUUAUCUUAGCCAGAAUCGCCGCGCACGAAGCAGGAGAGGACAGGGCACAGGGAAUGGAGGCUAUGGACGACGUCCCUGGGCUGUCACCUAAGAUCGUGGAGGUUUACGAGAAGGUCGGAGAAAUUCUUUCCAGAUACAAGAGCGGCAAACUACCGAAACCAUUCAAGAUAUUACCGACCGUUCCCAACUGGGAAACGAUCAUUGAGAUCACGAAGCCCGACCAAUGGACGCCAAAUGCGUGUUACGCAGCUACAAAAAUCUUCGUAAGCUCCAAGCCCAUUGUGGUGAGAAGAUUUAUGGAGAUGAUCCUCUUGGAUCGGGUCAGAGAAGACAUACACGAGACCAAGAAACUCAACGUGCAUCUUUUCAAUGCGCUAAAGAAAGCGGCCUGGUUCAAGGGUUUCCUCUUCCCCCUUGUCGAGAGUGGUACUUGCACUCUGAGAGAAGCAGCUAUCAUCAGUGCUGUAUUAGUGAGAGUCAGUGUCCCUGUCCUACACAGUGGAGCAGCCCUGAAAGGGCUCUGCGAAAUCGCGGCCCGAGAGGCCUCUGCAGGCACUGAAGGCGGAGGUGCAACUACUAUUUGUGAUGCUCUGCCGUACCAAGUCGUAGACUCGUUGGUAUUCUUCUUCCUCCGCAUGCGCAGUGUCGACCCUGCGUCCGUCACGGACAAAAAUACGAUGGACCUGAGUGGCGAGCGGGCAAGCACAAGGGCCAGACUGCCGGUCCUAUGGCACCAGGCUCUCUUGUCCUUUGCACAAAGAUACAAGCACGAGAUCACGGAGGACCAGAGAGAGGCACUACUGGACCUCCUGCUUUCCCACGGACAUGCCAAGAUUGGCCCAGAGAUCCGGAGAGAGCUGCUGGCGGGACGCGGCAGAGGAAUCGUGGCGGAGCCAGAAACCACAGCAUUUGACGGGGACGAUACGAUGUUGGUCGACGGCUGA